GUUCUUUGCUGCGUUAUUCCAUAAAUGCAGGAAGAAUAAGCAAUGUGAGGGUUUUAUGUGUUGUACUAGAAUAAUUAUAUCGUCAAUACUAUUAUUAUAUACAAACAAAAAACUGAAAUUCACUUUUAUUGAUGCUUAUUUUGACUAAGAAAAGCUUAGUUCUUAUAUGACAGUAUAUACAUUUAGAUUUUCCUGGCCUCAUUUCAAAAUCGAAACCAAAAGCUAAAAUAAAGAAUGAAAACACCCAGCACCCAGUAUUAAAAUCAAUAACCAUUUAGCUUCUGCUAGAUUCUUGUAAAUAAUAAAGCUGUCAUUCUUAUGUUCAGAACAAGAUUAUGUGUAAUUGUUAGUACUUAAAAAAAAAAAACAGUGUUUUAUUUUUAUCUGGCUGUGUUUUUUAAAGUUAUUACUAUUAUUUAGAUAAAUAGAUUUAGAACUAAAAUAUAAUAGCCUAGUUAAUAAUAACUGGGGCAGUGCAAUGCAGUCCCAGUGUAUCACAUAACAUUUUAAAAACAAGUUAGUUUACUAUGUCAACUGUAAAUCACAUUUAUAGUCGGUGGUGUUAGUUUUACCCAUCAUAGUUGAAACCCCUUGCAAAAUAAAACUUCAGGGAUAUGCACUUGCAUUUUGAAAAGAAUACUAAUACAAAAUGUGAUUGUACAAUCCUUUCCCUGUCAUGGAUGGGGAAAGUUCCUGAUGAACUUCCUGAGGACGAGGGAUGGAAGUUGAACCGUACCAACUACUACCAGGAGGGAUGGCUAGCAACUGGCAAUGUGCGGGGGAUUGUGGGAGUUACAUUCACCACCUCCCACUGUAACAAGGCACUGGAGACUCCCCCUCGUACCAACUACAAUCUGCGUGGCCAUCGCUCCGAGGUGAUCUUGGUGAAGUGGAAUGAGCCAUACCAGAAACUGGCGUCAUGUGAUAGUUCUGGGGUGAUCUUCGUGUGGAUCAAAUAUGAGGGCCGAUGGAGUAUAGAGCUGAUCAACGACCGCAACACUCGUGUCACUCACUUCAGCUGGUCACAUGAUGGCAGAAUGGCCCUCAUAUGUUACCAGGAUGGAUUUGUGCUGGUGGGUUCUGUGGCAGGACAGCGCUAUUGGUCCUCCAUGCUGAACCUUGAGUGUACAAUCACCUGUGGCAUCUGGACACCUGAUGACCAACAGGUCUACUUCGGCACUUCAACGGGACAGCUGGUGGUGAUGGAUGUUCACGGGGCUAUGGUGGCUCAGGUAGAUUUAGCGAGUCCUUUGGCCAUCACCAACAUGGCGUGGUCCUGUGAAAAGUUCAAGAUGGAAGAGGGUGAUGACAACAUCGACACGAGUCGUUAUGUACUGGCAGUCAGCAUUGAGAACGGUUGUAUUCUGCUGCUGAAACAUCAUGACGAUGUGAGCCCGGUGAGAAUCAGCACGGGGCUGUGUCCCCUUCACCUGGAGUGGAGCAACUGUCGCCAACUGUUGAGUGUGGCUGGCUCCAGGCCUGCCAACUCAACAGGGCAGGAGUUCACAAACGUGGUGCGAGUCUACACGGACUCAGGCUUGCUGCUAUACUCCGCCAUCAUACCCUACACUCAGUUGCCGGUAACUGCGCUGACGUGGGGACACAAUGAUAAGCGGCUAUUUGUGGCCACAGGAUGUACAGUACAUAUGGCCUGGGUGUCUAUGAGGGUAGCAUCACUGCAGUUGCUGUGUAGUCUACAGGUGUACAACCGGCUGUCCGGGAGUUUGCGACAGUUGGCUACUCUGCCCCUGCCCCAGCGCAUACAGCAACUUGUCUCCAAACUCUUUACCCACACCAUACGGUGCUGUGUUCCGGAGGGUUCAGGUUUGAGAGAUUUUGUUAGUCGAGCACCCAAGGUUCGACUGCACUGUACGAUGUUGCGUCACGAGGACGACAUUGCUGCCAACUGUUACACGCUUUAUCUCGAGUACCUGGGGGGGUUGGUUCCACUGCUCAAGGGCAAGCGAACCAGCAAGCUCAAGCCUGAGUUUGUAAUAUUUGACCCCCAAGUCAGUGAUGCGAGUUGCUUGUCAGCCCGUAUCCUGGUAAAUGCGGGAGGAGGGGGAGGGAGUGAGAGAGAGGACAGUGAGACAGAAGAUAACUGUGGUAGUCCCCGCUUGCCCCGCCGUACCCGCCACAGACCCCACCCCCACCACCUCUAUGCCGAUACACUGCCAGAGGACUCAAGGCUAGCUGAGGUGACAUCAAACAUCUGGGGGACAAAGUUCCGGAUACACGGAGUGUCCCAGGGGCUGGCGACCAACCUGGGGCAGGUGACGUACAAGACAUCCCUGCUGCACCUGCAACCCCGCCAAAUGACAUUACAGAUGGCAGGGGAAGGCCCACCGGACCCCACACCUCCACAGACGCAGGGUUGCCUCUCGGAGGACGAAGAGGAGGGAACUGAUGCACCUGGAGCUCCAGUUGCCCCCCUUGCAAGGGCUCGUUGUCACCGCUACAAGCAUCCGCGAAGUGCUGAGUGCUUCAUGACCAGGAGUUCGUUCCGGGAGUGUGAGUGUGGGGAGGGAGAUGAGGGUGGGGCAGUGGUGGGGGACAAGUCGCGCCGUGGUGUAGUGCGCAGUUGUAGUGUCGGCUACUUGGACCUCGUCGAAUCAGGGACCAGCAAUAAUAGGCUAGUGUUGGUGCGACAGUCGAGGCCACCUCGGCUGAGUCACUGCGGCAAGAGUCGCAGCCUGGACUCGUCGGAUAUGCGGCUGGGACUGGCAGAGAUGACGAGACCCCCAGUGAUCGCUCAGCCUCAUAGCCAGCCAGCUAGCCCUGCCCUUAGCAAGAAGAAGACCAAUCUCACCUCCUCUCCUAUCAGGAAGCGAUUGCUCAACUCUCCCCUCCUCAGCAGACGACUGCGACGGCGGCCUGACGCUGACUACCAGGACUUGGAGAGUUUUCAGAAAGCUCAAUUAAGAAAUAAAAUUGAAAUCACGUCCAAGCGAAGAGAGUUUGUGAUGCAUAACAAGGCUCCAAUGUGGAAUGAGAAUAGUCAAGUCUACCAGCUGGACUUCGGAGGUAGAGUAACCCAGGAGUCUGCCAAGAACUUUCAGGUGGAGUUCCGGGGGAAACAGGUGAUGCAGUUUGGUAGAAUAGACGGCAAUGCAUACACACUGGACUUCCAAUAUCCGUUCUCGGCUGUCCAAGCGUUUGCUGUCGCUCUCGCAAACGUCACGCAACGACUCAAGUAGACUAAUCUCGUUCUUGUAUCAUUCGCUCAUUCGUUUGAUAAAUUUAUAGGGUUAGCUCAGAUUAGUGGAAUUUAAAACUCUAAGGACAAAACUUUUUUUAUAAUUAUUUAAGCUUGGAUUUGUGUGUAAUAUAUUUUAUUAAGUAAUAAGUGCUUUUGGAUAUUUUUCAGACAUUUAUGUGGUAGUUUGUGAUUUACUGAGUGUGCAAGGCUGUUCUGUUGGUUUGGCAGUAAGCACUGCUAUUUUUAAGAUAUUAGUUACAAGUAGAGGUUUUUAACUGUGCAAUGAAAUCUAGUCAAAUGUGACACAUAUCCAUCCAACUGUAGCCAGUCAUACAGUUCAACAGAUUCUUAUCCAUAGUAAUAAAUUUUAAUUAAAAUAUUCAUUUAUACAAAGUGAUUUUGAAUGAACAUAAACCUUUUUAGUUCUGUAUUCUAGGAAUCGCAAUAAGUCUAAUUUUUUAUGAAUUUGAGGAAAAAAUUAUGAUUAUUUUAUAAAUGAGAAUUUUACUGCAAAAUUUGACCUGUCUAAAAGACUACAAAAUUUUAAUUUUCUCACAUUAUAUUUUAUGUUGUUAUAAAAUUUAUGUUUAAAGCCCGUUGAAUUUAAGUAAUUGAGCAGGUGGUGAGGGACUCUGUAACAUUUGGACAGUCCAACCAAGGCUAGACUAUAAUAUAGCCAGAGUCCUGAUACGUGACGUCACAAGACCUGUCCGACCACUCCGCUCUAUUUAAUGGGAAUAAGCGCGCACUCGGCCUCAUAAUUGUUAAUUUUUUACAGUUAUUCUUUUGCAAUUGAAGAUAAUUAAAUGCCAUACUUGUUAGAGAACAUUUUGCCUUAUAGCAAAAAUUUGCCAAGUUUUGUUUUAAACACAUUACAAUGUAAACUUUUUGUAAUCCUCUAUUUUGUUAACGCUUUGGUUGCUGUUUAUUCAGUAAGUAAUCAUAGAAUGACUAUAGAUCCUAUCUCUCUUUUUUCAUAAAUCCUCUGAAAGUAAAUGAAAUUUAUUGAAUUCCUGAAAGUCGUAAUUGGUAAAACUUUAUGAAUCAUUAAAUAAUAGUUAAAACAUGUAACUCUGUUGAACUGUUUGACUCGUGCCAUAUUGAUCUCAACGAAUCCAUCUCGGCCAUACGUCCAGAUCUACUCUAAGAGUUUGGUUCUCAAAUGUCCGACUGUAGUUCCUAUCAUGUUAUGUUACCUGUCACAUGUGUUAUCGGUAUUGUUACAAUUUGAUUGUUCAGUGUAUGAACUGACUGCUGACUUCUUUGGUACGUUGAACUUUAUGUUGUAGUUUCAGCAAUAGAAUUUCAGGUUAACUUGUGUCAUUCCAUUUUCACACAAGUAUUACCUGUUAUAAUUAACAAAACUACAGAAAAUACUUUUAAAUUCACAAAAAAAUCAUAUUAUCGAUAGAAAGGCAAAAAUUAAGUCUUGGAAGGUUACGCAGACUCACAUUUUGAAGUAUAAACUGUAACAGUUAAAUUUCAUUAUCUGUCCCGAAACUUACAUUUUUUAUGUGUGUUGUAUUUUAUAUAUAUAUAAUACCAGAAUAACAUAGUUGGUCUUAUAUUUAAUAUUUUCAGACUUGCUGAGAACAGUUUAUGUUGAGCUGACAAUAACGCCAAAUCUUCUACUUUUCUGGCUGUUAAUCUGGACUGCUGCAGCACCUGUCCGGCGACAAUGAUAAUGAAAAUAACCUUAAAAAUGAUAUCUAUUGAGUUACAGAUCAAAAUUCUGAUGGGACUGAUUAUGAAUAAUAAACUCCUGAACCUGACUAUACAAUGUAAUAAACAUACUAGAACAUAUUUGUUUGGAGGACAGAUAAUGGAAUCUAACCUACAUAAAACUGUAAACUAAUUUCAUAAAUACAUUAACAUUGAAAUAUUGUUAUAUUGACAGUUACUGGCUAAAGAAUCGUUUCACUUUUAACAUCUGAUAUUCAUUAUUUUACAGCCACGUAAUCAUAACCCACGAAAUAAAACCUAAUGUAUCAAUGGAAUCAGGAGGUUUUAACGAGUAAAUCAUAAUGGUUUUAAUAGUUUGUGUGGUAUAACAAAUCUCAAAGUACACAUUAUGUUGACUGAAAAUUAGUAGUAGCCACUUAGAAAAAUGUCAUCUAAAAGUUUGGUGAUUGUUUUUUGUAGCCUUAAAUUGAAAUUUGGUACUACUUUUUAGUGUGUAGAUAAUAUCAGCAAACAUUUUUUUUAUCAUACUGCAUUUUGGCACUAUUACAGUUAAAAAGUGGAUAUUUGGUGGUUGCAAGAAUUAUGUAGAUAAAGCAGGUGUUUGCUAAAGUAACCAGUAGAUAUAAUGAAGUACUCAAACUAUACACUUCAACUUUGUAAGUUCACACAUCACUGUUUAUUUGAAAUGUGUAACAAGUCAUGGAAGUCACCAGUUAGUCAAAUGUGAGCAGAUUCAGAUUGCAUGUUUCAUAAUGACACAGGGGAACAAAGGAGAUCAGUGUUAUAUGUAUUGUUGCUUUUGGUCAUUAUAAAGCUCACAAUCUAAUUUUUGAAUACAUAUCAGGUCUUGAGGUCCUUAUUGGGGCCAUUAGCAAUAUUGAUCAUUACCAGGUUCUGUUUUAGUUGUUUUCAUUUCCUGUUGAAAAGUUAAUAAUGUUUGUUGGGCAGAAAACAACCCCCCACUUCCUCGCAAAAAAGGAAAAUCAUGUUUCCCUUUUCUUUAUCGGGUGGGUUUAGUCCGUUUUUAAAAACUUAACUUUAUGAACUGCCCAAGGACUUUUUUUUAUCUCUGAUUAUUACUUUGAUAUUAACAUUAUCAGGUUUUAGUGUGUUCAAUAUAAUUAUAGUUACGAUAAGUUAGUUUAAGUUUUGCAAUUUAAUUACGGAUUUUUGCAAGUAGGUGAUUUGUGUGUUGUAGGAUAAACUUUUGUAGUAUUCUUCAUGAAAUUGGUAUCUAAAAUUUUUAUUUAAAGAUUUGUAGCAAUAAUUAUGAAAAACAACAUGUAUUAUAUUAAAAAGUUGUGUGAUGUUUAAUAACACUUGAUAUUGUGACAUAAGUUAUAUUUUUCCCAUUGGUAUCUGAUGAAUCUAUCAAAUGGUAAGAUGUUAUUCUUCGAGCAGUAAUUGGAAUUGCACUUUAAUUUACUUACUUUAUUUAUCAUCCCUGAUAAACUCAUGUAAGUUUUCACUGUCUUAUUUUUUUUUAUUUUAUAGAGUACUCUAUCAUUUUAAAAGUCAAAAUUCUCUUAUCAUUAAUGGUGCAAUGUAAGUUUGAAUAGUGUAUGGUCAAAUAAAAUAUACGAUUCUUCUUAAUCUACUUUAUAUUAUUUAUUCUAUUGUAUUAUAUUGUUGUAUUUAUUAUGAAUUUUACUAUAUUUUAUUUAUUAUGUUUUAUCAUAUAUUACGAGGGGUAUUAGAAAAAUAAGGUUCCCAUG